AUGGCGGCUUCACCCCAAUCCUCCGCUCCGGCUAUGUCGCGUGGUGAUGCUAAUAUCGACAAAGAUGGUAUCUUUCAAUUGAUUAAAGUACAUCAGGAAAAAGCAGCUAGACUUCCACCAGUUGAGGAAAUUCGAACUGUCCUUGAUAGUAACGUCCGCGGGAUGCUCUCUACAUUCUCUAAGAAAUUUGAGGGUUAUCCCUCAGGGUCUAUGGUUGACUUUGCAUGUGAUGCUAAUGGAUAUCCUAUAUUAGCAGUGAGCGACCUGGCAGUUCAUUCCAAGGACCUAACUGCCAACCCUAAAUGUUCAUUGCUUAUUGCUAGAGAUCCUGAUGAUAGGACUGAUUUAGUGAUUACUUUACAUGGUGAUGCUAUCACUGUGCCUGAAAAGGAUAGAGAAACUGUUCGAGCUGCUUAUUUGGCGAGACAUCCCAAUGCAUUUUGGGUUGACUUUGGAGACUUUCGAUUCUUGCGCAUUGAACCUAAAGUUGUACGAUUUGUGUCAGGUGUUGCCACAGCUUUGUUAGGAUCAGGAGAGUUUAGUGGAGAUGAGUAUAAAUCUGCAAAAGUGGACCCCAUAGCUCAAUUUUCCAAGCCAGUGGCGUCUCAUAUGAACAAAGAUCAUGCUGAUGACAACAAAGUGAUUGUGCAGCAUUGGACCUCAGUUCCAGUGGACUUUGCGUACAUGCUAGAUUUGGAUAGUCUUGGUUUCAAUGUUAAGGCUGGUUAUCAGGGCGAUACUUUCAAGCUUCGUGUACCUUUCCCUCGACGUGCAGAAGAUAGAAAGGAUGUGAAGACUCUCAUUGUUGAGAUGCUUCAAGCUGCUAGGCCUAAAGCUGAAUGA